GGAGUGGGGGGGAUAAGUCAGUAUGACAUGCAUAUGCACAAGCAGCAGAAGUUCCGCAGCGCACACGCACGUUUUCACCAUGUAGACGCAGACACACGGACUCAGCUUCAUCUUCAGACUUGAAAGCAGCAUACAUACAUGAACCCUGCGCCGCUCGGACUGGAAACACCGGGCUGACGUAUUCUCCGCGCGGAUCAAAACAUAAACACAGGAGCAGAAAAUGGCAGCCGCAGACAUCCUCUUCUUCACUUUGUGGAUCGCCACGGUCUUCACCGCCGGACAUGGAUGCCCUGAGCUCUGUACCUGCUCAGAUAAAUACGGCCGCCAUUUUGCUGAAUGCUCCUACAAAGACUUAACUGAAAUCCCAGACGGGUUGCCUCCGAAUGUGACAACUGUGAGUCUCUCUGCCAACAAGAUCAGUUGGAUACCACUGGGCAGCUUCGACAAUGUCACCCGGGUGACGUCGCUCUGGAUGGCCCACAAUGAGAUUGUCUCUAUUGAACAAGGGACCCUGACGCCUUUGGUUCAUCUGCGUAACUUUGACAUCAGCCACAAUAGAAUUGUAGACUUUCCUUGGGAGGAUCUCAAGAACCUCACAGGGUUGCAUCUGUUGAAGAUGAACCACAACGAGAUGGUCCACCUGCCGAGGGACGCCUUCUCCAACCUCAAAGACCUGAGGUCCCUCCGAAUCAACAACAACAAAUUCAUAACCAUAACUGAAGGGACGUUUGACGGUUUGGUGUCUUUGUCCUACUUGCAGAUUUAUAAAAAUCCUUUUGCAUGCACCUGCUCCCUCAACUGGCUCAGAGACUGGAUUACAACAGCCACCAUCUCUGUCCCGGACCAGCAUUUGAUCAUUUGUGCAACUCCGCAGAAACUUAGAGGCGAAGUGAUCGGAAAAAUGCCCGAGUCAAAGUGCAAAAGCACAAAUGUGACAAUACGAACCGAACCAAAUAUUCACAACAAGACUUUCUACGAGGGCAGCACGUUGGUCUUAACUUGUGAAUUUACAGGAAACCCAAAGCCUCUGGUCAUUUGGAAUAUUCGCAGCAAAAGCCAGAAGCUAGAAAUGGCUUUGUCCUUCGCUGAGGAUGACUCGGCAGAAUCAGAUGAGGAUUCCUUACUGUCCCAUAAUCCGGUCAAAGUCUUUAAUAAUGGGACUCUUAUCAUUUCACACCUCAGGAAGGAAGACGACGGCAACUACAGCUGCUCGGCCACAAAUGAGUUUGGAAGAGCCGAAGAUUCAGUGUCAGUGGAGGUGGUGCCUUCACCUAAACCAACACCCGUAAAACAAAUGACCACAACACCUACUUCCACUAAAACCCACCCAUCUACAUAUCAAACAGCUAAAACGUCUGUUUUAGAUUUUGUGCGUCUCCCUGAUUUAAAGAGAAAAGACAUCAUGAACAUCACACCCACUUUCCCGCCCAUUGAAGAGAUCCAGUCUUCCGAGAAGGGAACGACGCAUCCAUCGCGUGUAAGUAAAUGUGGCGUUACGGCUAACACAAGAUACAUCUCGAGCAAUGUCGUUAAUGGGAGCGUGGAUGAUGUCAAGCAGUACACAUUUGACUUUGGUGUCAUUGCAUUGGGGGUAUCAGAAACAGAGGCAACAGCGCGACUCAAUCCUCUUCUCAUACCAAGAGACAACAGCGCCAAUCGGGCCGCCAACGCCGCCACCACAUCCGAUGAGAAUGUCGACGCUGACAGCGAAGAGCAUCACGGCCUUUCAGAUGUUGCCGAAAAAGUCAAUUCAAACGGCUUGUAUCUGUGCGUCGCUGCCGACCGCAAACACUCAGCCGUUCAGUGGUCGAGGAUCAAAGAGGGCGUCAACACAUAUCUGUUCAGCGGUUUGCGCCCCGGCACAAACUACUCCCUCUGUCUGACCUACAGAGGGGAGGACUGUGAGGUCCAGGUGUUGUUCACCACCAGGAGGAGGGUGCCUAAUCUGCUCAUCAUCAUCUCUGUCAGCAUCUGUCUCCUGACCGUGUCCACCGUGCCUCUCCUCGGAGCAACGUGCUUCCACCUGGUGUACAAAUACCGCAACAAGACCUACAAGCUGAUCCUGAAGGCCAAAGACCAGUACCACAUGGAGAGGAACAUCACCGCCAACUUUAAUAUCCGCGCACCUCACACCGAGUCCCAGAGGAAGAUUAACGGCAGCCAACUGGACAUCGAGGAGGGGGAGACGGAAAGCAGAGAUGGAGAGAAAGAGGCGGACACAGAAGAAAGUAUCAUGACUGAGUCCUUCUCUUUGUCUCAGUGCAGGGGGAAUUUAGACAACUGUGAGGUCGGAUCUGAGUAUAGUGAUAGGUUACCUUUGGGAGCUGAAGCAGUGAAUAUUACAAGCAACUACAUAUAUCCAAAUCAGUAAUUGCUGCCAUUGUUUGCAGUUUACUUUUGCAUGUGGUUAAAGGGUAGAACAGGAUGAUUUUUUCAGUUUGGGCCGAUGGUUUAGGUUCCCUGUAGCAGUGCAAAGGCAGCCCAGACGUAUUGCUUUGCUCCACAGUAAUCUGACAAGACUCAAAAUACAUUUGCUUUACCUGCAGAGCCACAUCAUUCAGUCACUAGACAGGCUACCAGCCUGCAAGGCUCUAUCAUUUGUCAGUGGAUGCUUUCCUUACAUUUGGGUUUUUCCAGAGAUUCUUGUGAAAGCUGAACUAGGCUGUGUUCACAUGUUCAUAUGUUGCCCAUAUGUGUUUGUAGCUGGAUAUAUCCUCCUUUUCAAAUAGGCAAUUUGUGAUGCAUUUAUGCCCAGUUUAGAAAAACAACUUUCAUAAACAAUGCUAGAGAGCAACAAUACAACCAUCUUGUGUUUCAGAGAGGGAAACUGGGUCUGAAGUAGAAAAAGGUGGCCCACCAUCCAAUUAUUCAAUGUCUGUGCAGCUUCAUAUUUUAUUAAGAUAUCAUUGUUGAUGUUUUUUAGCCAGAAGUCUUUCUCAGAGCAUGAGUGUUUAAGGGAAUCCUUCGAGCUUAAGGAAAAUACGCUUCUCUGCUUUGCUUGCAGAGAGUUAGAUGAGACAUCAUUACAAUUCUCAUGUCUGUCUGGUAAACAUGCAGCUGCAGCCAUCCGCUGGUUAGCUUAGCUUAGCACAGAGACUGGAAACAGAGGUAAACAACAGCUUUAGUUGGUUUACUGAAAAGUACACAGAAAGUAUGCACCUUAAACACAGCUGUACAAUUCUCAAUUUUUUUAUUUUAUUAACAGAAAGUGGCAAAGACUUUUUAAAAGUGAAUCCGGAUCCAGAUCUGAACCAAAAAACACAUAGUGAUAGACAAUCAUGGGACGCAUGAACCCGAUAUUUUUCCUGGAAAUGCAGUAGUUUAUAAGUUAAAAAAAAGAGUGUUCAAAAAUACCCCUGUAAAAUGUUCCUGUAUCGGCCCAUGUCCUUCGUUCCGACUAUGGACCACAUUUCUGUAAAAUCUGUUUUAAAUUAUACUUGAAUGACAGAAAUACAGACGAAAGGGGCAGAACAUGACAUCCUAAUCAGGGUCAUAAUGAAACAGGAAACAGGCUGUUCAUUUGUGUUUUUUGUGUGUAAUUUGUCACAGUGAGAUAUUGCUCACACAGCUUUGAGCUGCAGUCAGCAGCUUUCACUUUGAUUAGCUGGCAAAAUGUUCUUGGAGACGAUAAAGUCAUCCCUGAAAUAAACAACAAACGAGUUAAGUUUUUUUUAAUCAACAAAGCAAACUCCUCGAGGAAGAAAUGGAAGUUUCUGCCAGAAAGCAAUGUUACAAAAUGUUUCAGCUAUAACUUAUUGGUCAUAUGUAGGUUAACACAGGGGGUCAGUAUAAUGAAAUGUAUUGCAGCAGAGAACAGGUCAUUAUAAUUAUUGCUUCUGUCUAUUUAUUAAGAGCAUCACCGGUUCCUAAUAAAUUGCUAAUGAGU